CGCCUGUUUUCCGAAGCGGGUCGUCGUUCCCUGCAGCAGUUGGCGGCGGUCCUGGGCCCGGGCCUCCUCCAGGCACCGACACUGCUUGCUGCUGCUGUUGCUUGGCGAACGAGCCCAUGGCCGGCGAGGUGGUGCCCAACAGGGAAGACUCACUUUGCGAGAAGAGAGUAUUGAUGGCGUCCAUGGCAUAACCUACACCGCCCCCAUAAAAAGACAACAACAACCGCCGCCGUUGACUCGUUAUCGGUCACGGGGCGCCAUCUUUGUUUUUCUCCCUGUCACGUGUCUGCCCUGACUGGGCGGACAGAACACGCCGCUAAGAGACCGCUUUAUCCAAUCGCAGCUCGGCAGCCUGCCCCGACCGUCUGAUGGGCGUCCGUGUAGUCCAAUAGGACGCAGUAAUGCGUCGUAUAAGCGUUGAUGGGCAUUUGCCUUGUCCAAUCCAAGAGGGAGGUGGAAAUCCUCAUGUUCCUGAGUGCCAUUGUGAUGAUGAAGAACAGACGAUCCAUCACGGUGGAACAACAUGUGGGAAAUGUGUUCAUGUUCAGCAAGGUGGCCAACCUGAUCCUGUUCUUUCGUCUCGAUAUCCGAAUGGGGCUGCUGUACCUCACCCUCUGUGUAGUCUUCCUGAUGACCUGUAAACCACCUCUCUACAUGGGGCCGGAGUACAUCACCUAUUUUAAUGACAAGACCAUCGAUGAGGAGCUGCAGAGGGACAACCGGGUGAUCUGGCUGGUCGAAUUCUUUGCCAACUGGUCGCCAGAAUGUCAGUCGUUUGCUCCUGUCUACGCAGACCUCUCCCUCAAGUAUACGUGCACUGGGUUGAAGUUUGGCAAGGCUGAUGUUGGUCGCUAUGCCGAGAUCUCGGAAAAGUAUAAAGUCAGUACAUCACCGCUGAGCAAACAGUUGCCCACACUCAUCCUGUUCCAGGGAGGCAAAGAGGUGAUGAGGCGGCCCCUUAUCGACAAGAAAGGCCGAGCUGUGUCCUGGACCUUCUCUGAGGAGAACCUGAUCCGGGAGUUUAACUUGAAUGAGCUGUACCAACGCGGGAAGAAGGCCAGCAAGGGGAAAGAGAAUGCUGUCCCAGAGGAAGGUGGAGAAGCCGAGGAGGAGAGGAUUCUGGAGAACGGGAAUGUUGAGAGCAAGAAGGAGAGAUGAAGGGGUCACAGCCAUUGGCUGGGGGCUGACUGAGCUGGGGGGCAGUGGGUUAAACUGAGACGGAGCAAGAGGGAGGGAGGGGGGGAGAGAGAGAGACUAGGCAUUUCACUGGGACCUCCAUAGCGCACUUCCCCUUUGUCGGUACGCCAACAGCCUCGCCCACCCCCAGACCCUGAGGACCUUCGUGUUGUGUUCUGCCAGCCAGCAUUUCCACCUCUCCUUUGCUGCACAACCCACAGCGAGAUAGCUGUCUGUCACCAUCUCCCCAGCCCACAAAAACCCCCUCUGCUGCUCUUUAACGUCCUGCAGGCCCAGGGACCCUUGUGCGCACAGGCAGAUGCCAAUGGCAAGCGGAAUGCCACUGAAAUACCUGCUACCCUCUCUGUCCUGCUGCGCUCCUUGACCCCCACGUCGCCCUCAAAUCUCUCGUGGCGCCAUUGCCUAGGACAACAUUGAUGAGAAUGGUCAGAUUGUACCCAAAAUCAUUGCGCACACAGCGACUGUUCUCGUGUGAUCAGCUUUAAUUUAUUAAAGGGAAUGCUUCAUUUAAUACAA